UAUAUAGAUGCUCCAUGUUUCAGUAUUCAAAACCCCAGUCUCUUGAAGUCCAUAUUGAAGCCCUCAUUUCUCCCAUCACUCGUCUUCCCUGCUCUCUAGGGUUUUUGAAUUUACUUCAUCGGGAGCUCUUCGAUCGAGCGAGUGAUCAUGUCUCUGAGGCCGAACGCGAGGGCCGAGGUUCGCCGGAACCGGUACAAGGUGGCAGUCGAUGCCGAGGAAGGUCGGAGAAGGAGAGAAGAUAACAUGGUUGAGAUCCGGAAGAAUCGCAGGGAAGAGAGCUUGCAGAAGAAGAGAAGGGAAGGGAUGCAAGCCCAGCAGUUUCCCGCCUCAGUUCCGCCUUCCUCUGUUGAGAAAAAGCUAGAACAUCUACCAGCCAUGAUUGCAGGUGUUUGGAGUGAUGAUGGCAAUUCACAACUUGAAGCAACUACGCAGUUCCGAAAAUUACUUUCAAUAGAGCGCAGUCCUCCAAUUGAGGAAGUUAUACAAGCAGGGGUGGUUCCACGUUUUGUUGAGUUUCUUGUUAGAGAGGACUUCCCACAGCUUCAGUUUGAGGCUGCUUGGGCUCUAACCAACAUUGCUUCGGGCACAUCAGAUAACACGAAAGUGGUUAUUGAUCAUGGAGCUGUCCCUGUCUUUGUGAAACUUCUUGGAUCACCAAGUGAUGAUGUUCGCGAGCAGGCUGUGUGGGCUUUAGGAAAUGUUGCUGGUGAUUCUCCUAGAUGCCGUGAUCUUGUCCUUAGCCAUGGUGCUUUGCUUCCUUUACUGGCACAACUGAAUGAGCAUGCAAAGCUUUCUAUGCUGAGAAAUGCUACAUGGACUCUUUCAAACUUCUGUAGGGGCAAGCCGCAACCUCCUUUUGAUCUGGUUAAGCCUGCACUUCCUGCGCUAGAGCGUCUAAUACAUUCAAAUGACGAGGAAGUAUUGACGGAUGCGUGUUGGGCACUAUCUUAUCUUUCAGAUGGUACAAAUGAUAAAAUCCAAGCUGUUAUUGAAGCAGGGGUGUGUGCACGACUUGUUGAGCUCUUACUUCACCCGUCUCCUUCUGUUCUCAUUCCUGCUCUCCGCACAGUUGGCAAUAUUGUUACUGGAGAUGACAUGCAAACUCAGUGUAUCAUCAACCAUCGGGCACUUCCCUGCCUACUGAAUUUGUUGACCAAUAACUAUAAGAAGAGCAUUAAGAAGGAAGCGUGCUGGACUAUCUCAAAUAUAACUGCUGGGAACAAGGAACAGAUCCAAGCUGUUAUCGAGGCUAAUAUAAUAGGGCCUCUUGUCCAUCUUCUGCAAAAUGCUGAGUUUGAUAUAAAAAAGGAAGCUGCAUGGGCAAUUUCAAAUGCUACGUCUGGUGGUACUCAUGAGCAAAUCAAGUACCUUGUGAGCCAAGCGUGUAUUAAGCCAUUGUGUGAUCUUCUGGUCUGUCCUGAUCCUAGGAUCGUUACUGUUUGUUUAGAAGGGCUUGAAAAUAUCUUAAAAGUUGGGGAAGCUGAAAAGAAUCUGGGUAAUACUGGUGGUGUGAAUCUGUAUGCACAAAUGAUUGAUGAUGCAGAGGGUCUGGAGAAAAUUGAGAACCUACAGAGCCAUGACAACAAUGAAAUCUAUGAGAAGGCAGUGAAAAUUCUUGAGACAUACUGGUUGGAGGAGGAUGAUGAGUCAAUGCCGCCAGGUGAUGGUUCCCAACCAGCUUUCCGAUUUGGAGGGAAUGAUGUUCCUGUUCCAUCCGGUGGAUUCAGUUUCAGCUGAAGAAGAUGGGCUCCAGGAUGCUUCGGUGGUUCAUCGAAAACACCAUCAGUAUGGCAGGGUGUAAUGGUUGGGUCUGGUUCCAGCGUCGUGUGGUCAUGUUUGGGGUCCUGUUUGGUCCAGUCUCUGUUGUGGUCAAAAUGGGUGCUUGAUUAGCUCGGAUGAUGCGUGGUGGUCGAAUAGAAUGGAGAAUGAUGCAUGGAUUGGCUGCUUGAUGGAUGUGAUUCAUUCCUAUUAUACCAAGAAAUGCUAUAAGAAACCAGGGUCCGACGUUUUCUGGGAGAGGUAUACCUUGCAGCUGGUUUUGAUAAUACAGAUGUCAGGUCGUCCUUGUUCUUAUUGUCUUGGUCAGUCUUUGUAGUCAUCAUUAUCACCCGUUGCUUUUUCCUUCUUUUUUCGCCUGUUUGAUGGGGUGACUUGGUGCUCCCAAAACAUGUAUCUUGCUAGCCUUGUAGUUAUGAGAAAUAUGAAAAUUUCUUCGUCCUUGUAAGCGUUGUGUAGAAGUUUCCCCUCGGCUGGUUUUUUAUACAAGUUAUUUUGCUAUUCUUAUCGAGGGGAACUGUCAAAAUCUUAUGAUAUUAAGAGGCAAAAUGGAAGUUACAAGUGUUACUGCUUUA